GCUGCAAAAGCUUGAAGUUAACGCUGUAUUUCCCAGUAAUUUCUUUCACAUCCUGUGUAACGGACUUUCUUUUCUGCAAAGUGCGAUUUGUGAAAGGUAAGCCAUGGACAUGGCGAGCGUGAAGGCGUUUCCUGAGCCAGUUGAUCGAAUCACUUCUGGACCAGUGGAGGAUACAGAUCCCAGCAGCCUUAUGCCUGAAAUGUCCUUAAGGUCCUCAAACUACCCAGUUCAAGUUACAGAACCACACGAUCCAGUGACUCUGCAGUUUACUUCUGUGCCACCCCCUUACCUAAUGCCUUCCUCUGACAGAAUAAGACAGCCAGUUGACAACGAGAGCAAUGACAUUGUUGACCCCGCCCCAGAUAUCCUUAAAGGCCUGCAGUACUCCAACAGCUCCUGCGAGAGGUGCUGCUGCACGGCCCCGCCCCCCAAGAUCAGGGACCUGAUGAACGACGAGGACCUGCUGUACGAGCUGCGGCUGAAGCUGGACCCCAACCACUGCACCAUCAAGAACUGGAAGAACUUUGCCAGCCGCUGGGGCAUGAGCUACGACGAGCUGGUGCUGCUGGAGCACCAGACCCAGGGCUCCUCCCACAGCCCCACCCAGGAGUUCCUGCAGCGCUACAACGAAAAGAGCGUCACCGAGCUCACCGAACUCUGCAAGCUCUACCAGCGCAUCGACGUGCUGCGCGUGCUGCAGCGGUGGGUGGAGAAGGACUGGCCCUCGCGCUGGCAGAAGGCCCACUAG